AUGGAAGCAUCCUACCAGAAGUUACCAUCGUACUUGUUCAUGCUUCAACAGAAAAACCUCGGGACGUUGAUAGAUUUUGUCACUAAGGAAGAUCGAUUUAAAUAUUGCUUUUUCUCACUCGAAGUUAGGAGAAUAGGGUUUCGUACAUGUCGUCCUGUGUUAUGUGUGGGUGACACUUUUUUAAAGACAAAAUACAGUGGGCAGAUGUUAUGUGCAGUCGCACUAGAUGCAAAUAACCAUCUAUAUCCAGUUGCAUUUGGUAUUGUGGAUAGUGAAAAUCAUGAUUCUUUGAAGUAUUUCAUGUCAAAGCUAAAGGAAGCGAUUGGGGAAGUUAAGGACCUGGCGUUUGUAUCUGACAGGCAUGCAAGUAUUACACAUACCUUGGAAACUAUUUUCCCCGAUGCCUAUCAUGGUGCUUGCUACCACCACAUUAGUAUGAAUGUGGUUGCUAAAUUCAAGACUGAUCAUUGUCAUGUGUUGAUGUAUAAUGCAGCAUAUGCUUUUAGGAAAUCUGAGUUCCACGCUAACUUCAAAAAAAUCAAAUCAAAAGACUCAGUCAUUGCUCAAUACCUAGAAGGCAUGGGUUUUGAUAAGUGGUCCCAUGCUUACUUUCCUGGAAAUAGGUAUAAUAUAAUGACAAGCAAUUACGCUGAAAGUUUCAACAAUAAGACCCGAGACGCUAGGAGCUUUCUAAUAACUACAUUCGUCGAAUUUAUUCGCUUCACACUGCAGUCUUGA